UAUCCCGUAAAAGUGACCUGGUUGAGCGUGCGAGAAACAAAACACAACUAUAAUUCUCCCUUCUUCUCCUUCGGGAAGUCCAGCGCCGCUUCCAGCUUCGCCUCUUCACUCCGCCGACCGCCCUCACCAACACGCCUCCUCCCUAGCCGUUACCGGCAACCAGAUCUGUGCCGCUCGCCGUCACUAUCAAAAUCCUCCGAUCACAAUUCCGCCUUCUGGUAUUUCUUCUAACUCCAUUCCUUCUUCCUCAUUUCUUCGAUUUUUGCCCGAUCUUCGUUCCUAGCUUCACCCCUCUUACUCCUGAUCUUCACCCACAAUCCUUGAUUUUCAUCCACGAUUACACCUACAAUCUUGGAGUUUCAGCUACCAUUACUCCCAUUUAUUAACCUAAAAUACAUGUUACAUCUCAUAAAUGGCUGGCAAAGCUCAAAUUCCAACCAAGAAUUCAGCGCUUAUUUCUAUGAUUGCUGAUGAGGAUACGGUGGUUGGAUUUCUUCUUGCUGGAGUUGGUAAUGUCGACCUGCGAAGAAAAACUAAUUACCUUAUAGUGGACUCAAAGACAACUGUUAAACAAAUUGAAGAUGCUUUCAAAGAGUUCACUACAAGGGAGGAUAUUGCAAUAGUGAUGAUUAGUCAAUAUGUUGCAAACAUGAUCAGGUUUCUGGUAGAUAGCUAUAACAAGCCAAUUCCUGCAAUAUUGGAGAUUCCUUCCAAGGAUCAUCCAUAUGAUCCUGCUCAUGAUUCAGUUCUUUCACGAGUAAAGAACCUGUUUUCUACCGAAUCGGUGGCAUCCGGGAGGUAUUAAAAUGAUAUUGUAACUUUUGUCCCAACUCUUUAUGAAGUCAUCCACCUUUAUUCAAACAUGCUGCAUUUUGCGUUCCCGCUUUCUGCCUUGAAUUUUAUUUUGCAAUGAUUUUAUUCAUAUCAAUCACUCGAAUAAAACUCGGAAAAUAGAUGGCGUCAGAGGAGCUCGUGGUGUCCAAGCACCUUAGAAUGCCACUUUUUUUUUUUUUUUUUACUGUACCUUAAUUCCUAUAUUUACAGCAACUUGAGACAUUACAUCUACAUCUAUCUUGUUCUCUUGGUGCAUGUAUGCCAAAAACCAAAUACUGUUGUAAUUACUCUUCUAUUUGAGGCUACUCUUGGAGAUUGAAGAACUACUUGUUCUUAUUGCCUUCUUGAAUCUUUUGUUAGCUUUCAAUCUACGUUAUUUAGUGGAAA